UGUCUCAUAGGCUGUAGCAACCCGUCACUCAGCCAGCCCCGCCCCUGUCUCUAGCUAUUGGUCGCAGGGUCCAGUCACUCAGUCACCUUUCUCCCGCCCAUAGGUCGCAGCCCCGCCCCCUCUCCCUCCCAAACACGUCACGAUGAGUGACGGGACAGUCCGACCAAUGACGAGUACAGUGGGCGGGGCUAGAUGAUGGACUCCUUGGUGUAUGAAAUAAGGAGUGGGCGGGGCUAGAAGAUGAGUGACGGGUUACUACGGCCUAUGAGCGGGAGAGCUACUGGUUGCUUAGUGACUGCGGCUGUGCCUACCCAUAAUCCCAUGCGCUCCCUCCAGUAUAUACAGGAUUGCACAGUAGUGAAGAAGACAUCCAAUGAGUGUGAGACACCCAGCAGCCAUUCCCGUUUGUCAGAAGGACUAAGCAGAACCCAGAGCUCCAUUACGGUGCCUCCACCUCACUCACUGAUACAUGAGAGACACAGUGACCAGAAGAUCCUUGAACUCAACAACAAGAUCAUUCAUCUGCUGACUGGAGAGGAGGAGGAGUAUAUAGAGGAACACAGGGGUCUGUACAAGGACGUGAUGAUGGAGAAUCAUCGGCCCCUCACAUCACUGCGUAAGAGGAGACUGUCAUGUAUUGUACAGGGGAGAGCAGAUGGGCCCAGUAACAGAGAUACCCCAGAGAGAUGUCCCCGUCCUCUGUAUUCCCAGGAUUGUACAGAGGAGAAUCACAGGAUCCCACAGGAGGAUCGGGUAGAACGUCUAUCUGAUAUUAAAACAGAAGAUACAGAGGGAGAAGAAGAGACGUAUGUGACUGAUAUAAAGGCAGAAGAUAUAGAGGGAGAAGAAGAGAUGGAUGUGACUGAUAUAAAGGCAGAAGAUAUAGAGGGAGAAGAGACGUAUGUGACUGAUAUAAAGGCAGAAGAUAUAGAGGGAGAAGAAGAGACGUAUGUGACUGAUAUAAAGGCAGAAGAUAUAGAGGGAGAAGAAGAGACGUAUGUGACUGAUAUGAAGGCAGAAGAUACAGAGGGAGAAAAAGAGACGUAUGUAACUGAUAUAAAGGCAGAAGAUGUAGAGGGAGAAGAAGAGACGUAUGUGACUGAUAUAAAGGUAGAAGAUAUAGAGGGAGAAGAAGCGAAGUAUGUGACUGAUAUGAAGGCAGAAGAUAUAGAGGGAGAAGAAGAGACGUAUGUGAGGGGUGAUCAGCAGUGUAAGGAGGAGGAGAUCCCUACAGAUAUCGGCACAGCAGAUGGACACGCAAGCAGGAAUAUCUCAGAAGGACAUCUAAUGUUAUCCCCGGAUUGUGACAUAAAAGAUAAUGACAGCAGACAGGAUUCUCCAGGAGAUAACCCCAUUACCCCAAUUAUACAUCCAGCUCUAUCAGCUGAUCCCUCUGAUCCUGGGAAAUGUUCUCCUGAUCACUCUGAUAUUGGUGCAUCUGUUACAGCUCUGAGAGUAGAUACAGUGUUUCCCUGUUCUAUAGAUGCCAAAUGUUUUACACAGAACACAAAGCUUAUGACCCAUCAGGCAGCUAAGGCAGGUGAGAAGCCUUUUCCAUGUUCUGAAUGUGGGAAAUGUUUUACAUACAAAUCAUAUCUUGUUAGACAUCAGAAAAGUCACACGGGUGAGAAUACAUUUCCAUGUUCUGAGUGUGGGAAAUGUUUUGCACAUAAAUCAUAUCUUAUUAAACAUCAGAGAAGUCACACAGGUGAGAAGCCAUUUUCUUGCUCUGAGUGCGGGAAAUGUGUUACACGAAAAUCACAACUUGUUGCACAUCUUAAAAGACACACAGGUGAGAGGCCAUUUCCAUGUUCUGAGUGUGGGAAAUCUUUUAUACAGAAAUCACAUUUUGUUAAACAUCAGCGAAGUCACACAGGUGAGAAUACAUUUCCAUGUUCUGAGUGUGGGAAAUGUUUUACACCCAAAUCGUGUCUUAUUAUACAUCAGAGAAGUCACACAGGUGAGAAGCCAUUUUCUUGCUCUGAGUGUGGGAAAUGUUUUACACGGAAAUCAAAUCUUGUUAAACAUCAGCAAAGUCACACAGGUGAGAAUACAUUUCCAUGUUCUGAGUGUGGGAAAUGUUUUACACAUAAAUCAUAUCUUAUUGAACAUCAGAGAAGUCACACAGGUGAGAGGCCAUUCCCAUGUUCUGAGUGUGUAAAAUGUUUUGGACACAAAGCAGAUCUUAUUAAACAUCAAAGAAGUCACACAGGUGAGAAGCCAUUUUCUUGCUCUGUGUGCGGGAAAUGUGUUACACGAAAAUCACAACUUGUUGCACAUCUUAAAAGACACACGGGUGAGAGGCCAUUUCCAUGUUCUGAGUGUGGGAAAUCUUUUAUACAGAAAUCACAUCUUGUUAAACAUCAGCGAAGUCACACAGGUGAGAAUACAUUUCCAUGUUCUGAGUGUGGGAAAUGUUUUACACCCAAAUCGUGUCUUAUUAUACAUCAGAGAAGUCACACAGGUGAGAAGCCAUUUUCUUGCUCUGAGUGUGGGAAGUGUUUUACACGGAAAUCAAAUCUUGUUAAACAUCAGCAAAGUCACACAGGUGAGAAUACAUUUCCAUGUUCUGAGUGUGGGAAAUGUUUUACACAUAAAUCAUAUCUUAUUGAACAUCAGAGAAGUCACACAGGUGAGAGGCCAUUCCCAUGUUCUGAGUGUGUAAAAUGUUUUGGACACAAAGCAGAUCUUAUUAAACAUCAAAGAAGUCACACAGGUGAGAAGCCAUUUUCUUGCUCUGAGUGCGGGAAAUGUGUUACACGAAAAUCACAACUUGUUGCACAUCUUAAAAGACACACAGGUGAGAGGCCAUUUCCAUGUUCUGAGUGUGGGAAAUCUUUUAUACAGAAAUCACAUCUUGUUAAACAUCAGCGAAGUCACACAGGUGAGAAUACAUUUCCAUGUUCUGAGUGUGGGAAAUGUUUUACACCCAAAUCGUAUCUUGUUAUACAUCAGAGAAGUCACACAGGUGAGAAGCCAUUUCCAUGUUCUGAGUGUGGGAAAUGUUUUACACAGAAAUCGCAUCUUUUUAGACAUCAGAAAAGUCACAGGAGAGAAUCCAUUUUUUUGCUCUGAGUGCGGGAAAUGUUUUACACAUAAAUCACAUCUUGUUAAACAUCAGAGAUGUCACACAGGUGAGAGGCCAUUCCCAUGUUCUGAGUGUGGGAAAUGUUUUGCACAUAAAUCAUAUCUUAUUAAACAUUUAAUUUAAUUUAGAAAUAUUUUCUUUCUUUUGUUAAUAAUAAACUUAAUAAGUAAAUACAGUCCCAGUAACGAAUCCCUCAAUCUCAUCACAAGGAUGGGAUAAAAAAGGUCUUAUAAUGUUAAUCUUAUUUCAAGCACUAUCUCUGCCAGGGGCACAAUUUAUUAAAUAAUUGAUUAUUAAUCACUA